AAGUCAGCAGUAGUAGUGCCGAACCAGAGGGGAUGGAGUAAAAGCAAAUAAACAUGGAUCCCGCAGAAGAAAAGACGAGCAAAGAGGUCGAUAUCUACCGCGACACAUGGGUCCGCUUCCUCGGUUAUGCCAAUGAGGUUGGGGAGGCCUUUCGGGCUCUGGUGCCAGUGAGUGUGGUGCGAGGAACCUAUGCUGUGGCCACUGUGUACGUUACUGCUGACGCUGUGGACAAAGGGAAGAAGGCAGCUCUGGCCCACGGGGAGAACCCAGGGAAGACGACACGGAUAGCCGCAGCAGUGGUGGACACGUUUGUGUGGCAGGCGCUCGCCUCUGUGAUCAUCCCGGGCUUCACCAUUAACCGCGUGUGUGCCGGAUCGCUCUACCUGCUGGGCAGAACCACCAAGUUGCCUCUGUCUGUCCGCAAGUGGACCACCACAGCCAUCGGCCUCUCCACCAUCCCCUUCAUCAUCACUCCCAUAGACAGGUCAGUGGACUUCCUGUUGGAUGCCAGCCUCCGGAAAGUCUACAAUGCGGGAGAGAAACACGAAUGAGGAAGGACCCUCGCUGGAAACACUGUCCCCUUCCUGAGCCGAGACCGGUCCAGUGUACACAGACCUGGGCUGAUUAUCCACCGCUGUGAAGCAGUAAAGAUGUGUACAGAAGGAUUUCAUGGAGGGAGAUUUCACAGUAUACACAGUAUACAAGACAUAUAAUAAAUAUAUUUCUGAAUUAUAUUAAAAAAGUUGUAGCAGUUUAGUUGUUAAAAGUGAAAUCCUGCUUUGUGAAAUGUCCCUCUAGGGAUCCUUACCUUUAACCUCUCAGGGCAAUCUGGGUAGCAACACCAAAAAAAGUUUAAAAAGGAAUGUAAAAAAUAUGGAAAAUGUAUUAUUAUUCUGCUUGACAGAGGAAAGAGAGACACUGCUUAUAUGAAAAUUCUUCAGCAGGGUCACAGUGUACCGUUAUAUUUCUAUCAUUGUGAAAACUGCCUCCGAGGUUGCCCUCAGCUGUUUCUCUGCCUGGCAGAGCCUCACCUCAUGAGAUUCAUUACAAACCAGCCGUAUUCAGAGAUACUGUAAACAACCGGCCAAAAAGCCAGUUUGCAAUGAUGUCCCUCUUUAUCUUCUCCCAGUAUAACUUUGUCACAGUUUUUUUUUCUUCUUUGUGUUUUUUGGAAUUGUUGUUUUUUCCGAUGCACUUUUCCAUUGUUUGAUUCUACCGCAUUGUUGGUCACAGGAGCCAAGAUUUGCACUGGGAACAUUUUACACCAGGAUUACGGUCCAUAUGAUUCUAUAUACAGUAGAAUAGUGUAAUAUAUGGUUAUGUUAUUAAGGUAAGAAUACUUGUUGGACCAUCAGGUAGUAAUAAUGAGACCAUUCAUUUAGAAAGUUUGUUAUCAGACACUCCUGUUGUGGUAAUACUGUGACAUUUUGUUGUGUGAAAACGGUAGAAAUCCCUGAUUGGUUUAUGUUGGGGUUUAAUUACAUCAGAGAAAAAGUGUAAAUCUAGGGUUGGUAAUUCUUGAAAUACUUGAAAAAGAACAGGCCACACAAAAUUGAACCGAUACACCCCAGCCCCUCUAACCUGCCUUCUCAUCAAAGGUACCCCCCCAAAACACAUGAACACUCACUGCCUGACGACUGCUAGAAGACAACUUUUCCAUGAGUCUGGCUUUCUAAUUACUUCAGAGAUAUGUGUCUCUCCAGCUGAAGACUCCGGUCAUGUGCAGUGAGUGCAGGCAGGCGGGUCGGUCAGUGAUAAAGAACGCCAGCCGAUCAUUUCAUGCUGUCAGAGUGAAAUGAGCAGUCGUCUUUAUUACAGUUAGGUGAGCGCCACAGACACCGGCUUACUACAUCCGUUUUAUUUGUUGAUGGCCAUCGAGACGUUAAGAGGAUUUCAACAAAUAUGAUGAAGUGUUUCAGAAACAACUUACCAACCCUACCUUAAACUCAUGAGCUGUUUAAGUGUCAUACAAUUAAUCUGAGUAGCUUUUCUGCCUUGGUGCAGAAAACUCAUCUUGUAUAAGCACAUUAAAUGUAGCGUUGCACACUGUGAAGGUCAGUGUAUUUCUAUGCAGGGGAUAGUUUCAGGGGUUUCUUUAGUAAUAAUCACAUACUGUAUGUAAAUUAUUGCCACUGCUUUUCUUUGAGGAGCCAUAUAAUAAACUGUAUCUCAUGCUGAACUAUGCAACAGGAAAUAAGGCAUUAGUGUACAUACAUGAGCUUUGCAAAUUAAAAGGGAUUUGGUAAAUUAGUUUCAUAACGUUUGAAUGAGCUGUCGAUUUGAGACAAAAGAGGAACAAAUUGUGAAUCGCUUUUUUUUGUGUCAGUAUACACCAGUGUACCAUUUAAGCAAUAACUUUAGUUUAUUGUGCACCAUAUUCUCUUUGCUAUGAAGGAUGUGGUUGUCUGUCAUGGAGGGAGAACUGCUGACAGAGAGGAUUGUGAAAACUGGGGAUGCACCAGUUGCCAUUAUUUCUACAUGCUGGUACUGUUCACUCUUGUAACCUAUUUAACGGUAUUUAAUAAUCACAUCAGGUCACAAGGCCGUUUAAACAGUGAUUAUGUUUUUAUUGGUAUUUUUUGUGAUUGAAACACGUGUCCUCAGGGUUCCAGUGUUUGUAACAUUGGAUAUUAUCACCCACUUAACCUUUGUCAUGUUAAUUAGAUUUGUCUUAGCAGAAAAAGCACAAGGUAUGUGUACUAAAGGCUCCAGAAUCAACACCUUAAAGGUUCAGUGUGUAAGUUAGGGUUACAGGGAUCUAUUGGUAGAAAUUGAACAUAAAAUAACCUUCGUGAUGUUUUCA